ACGAGCCGCGGCAGCUCCCGGAAGUGACGAUUUGCCGGGCUCGGGACCGGGAUCGCGCUCGGGACCGGGCCCGGUGCGGCCCCGCCUCACCAUGGAGGCCUGGGUGCGCUUCAGCGCCCAGAGCCAGGCCCGGGAGCGCCUCCUCAGGGCCGCCCAGUACGCCUGUGCCUUGGCCGGGGCCGCGCUGAACCGCGCCCGGAACGAAUCUGGGGCCAGCUCCGGGACCCUGAGCCGCCUCCAGCACCUGGAAGCUCAUCUGAGCCUGGGCCGCAAGCUCCUGCGCUUGGGGGGCUCGGCCGAGGCCCUAGGGAGCGCCCAGCGCUCGCUGCAUCUGCCCGACCCCGUCCUGCGCUUCUGCCUCACCCUGUCCCACCUGAACCGUGCACUCUUCCUGGCCUGUGACAACGUCCUGUGGGCCGGGAAAACGGGGAUCCUACCCGGCCUCGACACGGACAAGUGGAGCCAGAGGUCUUUCAGGUAUUACCUGUUUGCUCUGGUGGUGAACCUGAGCCGGGAUGCCUACGAGAUCCGAGUGCUGCUGGAACGUGCGGAGGCAGCCAGGAAGCGUGGGAAGAGCCCGGAAAACAGGCCCCAGCUCCAAGCUGAUGGCAGGAUCCAGCGUUUCCGGCUCCACUUGCAGCUCCAGCUCCAGCUCCUGCUCCAGGUGCUCCGGGACAACCCCCCACUACUGCUGGACCUGCUCCGGAAUGCCUGUGACCUGGUGAUCCCACUGGAAAAGCUGGGGCUGUGCCGGAGCAGCCCAGGAUUCGUGGGAUUCUGUGGCCUCACCUCCUCCAUGCUCUCCAUCCUCACCAUACUCCAUCCCUGGCUCAAAUUGAAGCCUUAGUUAACCCAGGACCUUCCUUGGGAUGUUGGGAAUCCUGGGGGCUUAUCCCCGGGCUGUGACACCUCUGSAGCUGACUGGCACCUUCCAUGCCCAUCAAUUCCUGACUCCUUGGAGCCACAACGUUCCAGCAUUGGAUCCAGCGAUGGAUCCCACAGGGACAUCAGCUCCUGAAGUGUGCUUCUUCCCAUUGACUUUUCCAGCAAUUUUAGAGGUUCAACAUGCCCCUUUUCUGUCUGGGAAACGCCUUUAACAUGGAGCUAACUAAUGGGGAAUAUUUGGGUCUGGAAAAUGUGGAUUGCUGGGGGCUUCUCACAGUUUUUGUGUGGGCUGAAGCCAGGGGGUUGUGUGUAUCAACCAGAUUACAGCCAGGUAGUGUAUCCAGCCCCUAAUUGUUUGGGCAAUUUUCCAGCCUUAUAAGAAAUCUGAGUGCAGGGAGAGGGGACUGGGAAGAAUGGGUGUCAGGGGUCAAUCCAUGGCUUUAGUGAAAAAUUCAGACCAGAAUUUGCCCUCCUGAAUCUUUCCUGMAAGCCCCGGGGAAAGAAGUGACUGGAGUGAGUUGUGCCAACUGGAGGAUCUCUCCCAGCACUCCCAUAUGGAUUUCUCUCUGUCAGAGAACACGGAGAGGACUCGGCACCCUGAGUGCUUCCCAGCAGAUCCACCUGCCUUUCUCUGCCCAGAGCUGCACMAGAUCCACCUUGGCUGUACUUCCCAGGUAUCCUGUUCAGUGGUGUUCUUUGGGAUGAAUCAGAGCAUGGCUGGCUCUCUGUCAGGAUUCCCUGCAACCAGUAUUUCUGAUACUGCUGCCUCACUGAAUUCCCUUUUCCCCUGG